UCCUAUGACGUAAGGCAUAGACCAGCGGCAGACAUGCUGAAACGCCAUUACAACCGAGCAAAUAGCGUCGAAAUUUGUUUGCUACUGGAUGAGGUGGUUCGCUGAAGGGAAAAAAGAAGUUAAUCAGCAAUAUAUUUCCGGAUUUUAAUAUUUAUUAGCACGGAAAACGACAUUUGAAUUUUCAAAAUGUCAUACAUGCUCCCACAUCUCCACAAUGGAUGGCAAGUGGAUCAAGCCAUCCUCUCUGAGGAAGAUCGUGUUCUAGUCAUUCGUUUCGGCCAUGACUGGGACCCGACUUGCAUGAAAAUGGAUGAAGUGUUGUACAGCAUCGCUGAGAAGGUGAAAAACUUUGCUGUCAUUUAUCUGGUGGACAUCACAGAGGUGCCAGAUUUCAACAAGAUGUAUGAGCUGUACGACCCUUGCACAGUCAUGUUCUUUUUCAGGAACAAACACAUCAUGAUUGACUUGGGCACGGGUAAUAACAACAAGAUAAACUGGACAAUGGAGGAUAAGCAGGAGAUGAUUGAUAUUGUGGAGACGGUAUACAGGGGUGCACGAAAAGGAAGAGGUCUGGUUGUCUCUCCAAAAGACUACUCAACCAAAUACAGAUAUUAAUUCAUGCCACCCCCUUGUUCUAUGUGGUGCUUGGAAAUAUCCAUGCUUGAGACACCUUGGACAAUUGGCCUUGGAUAUUGAACUUUGGAGAAGCAGGACUGUGGAUUGACUUUUCUUAAAAGAAAUAGCUUGUUCAUAAUGCACAAAUAACUUGAAAUUGCCUAUCAGGAUAAGGACAUCACUUCAGAUUUUUGUUCCUUUUAAAAUGGAUUGAAUUGAAAAUUUUUGUGUUUGAGGUAAUUCUGCAUUUUAGUACUGUUUGAAGAUCUGUUUGUCCAUUGUUUUGUUACAGUUGUGUUAUCCACAGUAACCAGUAAAGUAAUUAUACAUCACUGAAGUGAUGUAUAAUUUUGACAUGUUAUGCUAAUGUGUUUUGGUGUAUAUUGUAUGUGUAUAUUCUCAUUUUACAAUGAAGAGCAUCAAGAACCAUUCUAAGCAAUGUUUUUUAAUCAUUAAAUGGUUUUAUUCAUUUCCUAAAGUGA